CAGCACCCAAUUACUUAAAUCCCUUUUGGAGGGAAGAGUUGUCGGUGAGACCAAUCACAAGUACUAAACAGAUCCCAUAACGCAGGUAGAUACUGCGCUUGAUUGUCAACGAACAACACAUCCUGCCCAAGACCUUGACCCCUCAGCCGGCAUUGCUGCUUCUAGAGCGCUAUAACGGGAAGCACAUCUCUCGAGCAGAACGGAAAGAGGCCUCCAGACGGUGAUCAGACCAUUGCCACGACGGAAAGACUGGCGGAAGGGGUUCUCACGAGCAAUCUCCUGUCUGGAUUCAACUAAUCCGUCCUCAAUCCCAAGCCUAACAGCACGCAAACCAUGUCCCACCUCACGCACGACUCGUCAAUCCUAAUCAUUGGUGGCGGAACAUGGGGUUGCGCAACAGCUUUACAGCUCGCCCGUCGAGGGUACAAGAGCAUCACCGUCCUUGACGCACAUCCCAUUCCCUCACCGAUAUCAGCAGGCAACGAUGUGAACAAGAUUAUGGAGGAAGGAUCCCCUUCCCCCGAAGACGACGACACAUCAUACGUCUGGAACCGCCUCUUCCAACUCGCCACUGAAGCAUGGCGAACUGACCCCGUCUAUGCGCCUUUCUACCACGCCACAGGGUUCAUCAUGGCCGCAUCCAGUCCUGAAGCUGGCAAACACGUAGAUGACUACGUACAGUCUUGCAAAUCGCCCCUCCGCCUGCUCAACACGCCCGAAGAUUUCCGCUCCGCCAUGGCACCGGGUAUCCUUACCGGCACGUUUCCUAACUGGAAAGGCUUCGUCCGUGAAUCCGGUGCAGGGUGGGUGUUUGCUCGCGGCGCGAUGGAAGCCGCAUACUAUGAAGCCAGCCGCCUCGGUGUGCGUUUUGUUACGGGCGAAUCCGCCGGCAAGGUUGUGAAGCUCAUUUACUCUUCCCCUUCCGCAACCUCAUCAUCCGAUGUUGAUGUUCUGGGCGCGACAACGGCUGGCGGCACCGAACACCGCGCGGAUAGGACGAUACUGUGCGCCGGCGCGAAUAGCGACCGCCUAUUCGACUUCGAGCGGCAACUCCGUCCAACGGCCUGGACCUUAGCGCAUAUUCAGAUGAGUGACGCAGAGCGGGCGAAAUGGAAGGAUCUGCCUGUGCUGUUCAAUGUUGAACGCGGAUUUUUUAUGGAACCAACAACCGGAACUGGGGAGCUCAAAUUUGUCGAUGAGCACCCCGGCUACUGCAACUUCCUUGACGACCCCGAAACGAACAGCGAGCGCUCUGUCCCAUUUGCACGCCAACAAAUCCCACUCGAAGCCGAGGCCCGGGCGCGGCAAUUCCUGCGUGAAACCGUGCCACAAAUCGCAGACCGCCCGUUCAGUUUCGCCAGGAUAUGCUGGGACGCGGAUACACCGGAUCGAGUGUUCCUUAUUGAUCGGCACCCUAGGUAUUCGAGCCUGGUGGUGGCCGUGGGCGGAUCCGGCAUGGGAUUCAUGACGAUGCCAGCCGUGGGAAUUCAGGUUGUGGACGCGCUCGAGGGACGCAUGGAGCCGAGGAUGAAGAAGGGGUUUCGAUGGAGGCCGGAGACGGCGGUGGAGAGGGACUGGAGGGAUACGCAGGAUAGAUUUGGAGGGGAUGGGAAGGUUAUGGAUUUCCAGAAGGUGGAAGGGUGGACAAACGUGCAGGGACAGAGGCAGAAGAAACUGUGAGGGCCAUGAGGAGGGAUUGCAGAAUCGAUCUGUUAAUGUGGCAUUAGUCGUAAUAGAUAUCCAUAGCAAAUCAUGUCUUGUGCGCACCAUGUCCACGCUGAAGCAAAAAUCAGCUCAG